AUGACAAUUCCUAGAAUUAAUAAAAGACAAGUACACAGAAUAAAUGUACAAACUAAUAAUCCUGAAGAAUAUUUUCACAUAUCGGUUUUUAUUCCAUACUUAGACUCUUUUAUAAGUCAAUUAAAAUCUAGAUUUCUUAAUCAUAUUGAUAUUUUGUCAAGUUUUUACUCUCUUUUCGACGAAGAAUUAAAAAAAUUAGCUGAAUUUUACGAAGAAGAUUUAAAGUUCCAACUGUGGCAAAGGAAACUUAAAAAAUUGGAUAAAAAACCAAAAAAUUCAAUUGACGCACUGAAGUUGUGUAAUGCACACGUAUAUCCGGGAGUUAAUAAGUUAUUUCAAAUUUUGUCUACACUUCCUAUAUCUACGGCUUCAAACAAACGGACUUUUUCAUCACUAAAAAGAAUUAAAACAUAUCUACGAAAUACAAUAUCUGAGAAAAGACUAAAUGGAUUGGCCAUGUUAAAUAUUCACAGGGAAGUUGAAAUUACUGUCGAUGAAGUGAUAGAGGAGUUGAAAAAAAAAUCGAGACGACUGGUUUUAUUUUAUAACAAUACUUGA